UUUGCUGAGAGAUUCACUCCUCUCUUUCUUUUGUUUCUUUUUUAAUUUUCCCUUCUCUUUUUGUCGCCGGCUUUUAAUCUCCUCUGUCAGUUCCAUCAUCGGCUCUAAUUUCUAAAGGUGCCCGCUUUUUAGCGGCCGCCGUGUGCAAUGGCUGUACAGGCAUCCCCUAACAAGAGUCGGACGAGCCUCAGUCUCGCAGGCUUCCCGGCAAGAUUCAAGAGCCUUGUUUCUGACAUGAAGGGCCUCAAGAAGGACUUUCGGCAUCGUCGUAGGGCCAAAAGCGAGGAAGUCAGACCAAAGCAGCCGUUACAGUCUACAGAGCUUAUCCCUACUACAACCGAAGAGGAUGUUUCUAUAUCUGAGACAAGGUCGUUGUUUCGGGACCCUCCACAAGUACGCAGCCUCAGCAUACGCGUCACUGUCAAAUUUGGCGAGCCUUUGAAUUAUACCCACAGCCAGGACUACGAAGGCUCCUCGUCGCUUCAGCCCACCGAGGAAUUAUGUGAGGCCUUGAUUCGCCGGGUCGACCAUUGUUCGAAGGAGCUUAUCACGAGGAAGGAUUCAAGUGCUUUGGAUCGUACCGGUACUGAUGGCCUGGCGAAAUCUCUGAGAUAUGAGAUACAGGUGCAGAUGCUCAGGAAUGAAAUCGGCACCGGCACUGAGGCUUGGGCUUCUCGAACCCUUAGGUCGUAUCAGAAACAGCCCCUAUCAACUGAAGCUGCCAGGGAAGUCAUCCUCGCAACACAUUACAUGGUCGGGCUCUUUUUGAGGCAUCACGACGAGGCCUUUGUCUGGAAAGAUGGACCUGUACGAGCAGAUCCCGUGCAAGAACAGAAGACCUUCCCAUACCAACCCGGACGAGUUCAGCCACUCACAAGCAUACCCCGUUCCUUUUUCAUCGAAAAACAGCAAGAUUUUGAAUCUAUACCCGGUUAUACUGUCCAUUUUUCAAUCACGAGUCGAAAUCAGCACCGCACACCCUCCAAAUGGCAUGAGACUAUUGAAGUCAAUAGUCGCCAAUUAUCACCACUUACGCUCCUGAGUGCGGAGAACCUGUUUCUUGACACUUGUUACGCGGUAGAUGGCGUUUUCAGGGCUGAGAGGAAAGAGUUUGGAGCAUUGCAGAAAGCAUGCGCGAGUCACAGUAAAUGCCAGCACUGUCAACCGCACGAUGGUGACGGCAUUGAAAUGCUGCUGUCAGUUAAAAACAACAUGGGUCCAACUUUUGACAAUUUAGAACGAACGACAUGGGCUCGCGUCAAUGUAUUCUGGAAAGACCGCGGGGUUGAUUGUGCCACAUUUGUUGAAAAGGCCAAGACAGCUAUUGAACAAGUUUGUACUGAAACCGAUGAAUCAAUCUCCGGUAUGAAUGAUUUUGAAUUUUACAUCGUUGAACUUCGGGGACGAGGCUGGGCCAUCGAGGAACCGUUGGCAUUCAAACUUGGCCCUCAAACAUGCCUUUGUCAGAGAACUGUGGAGGCACUCUUGGAUCGAUUGCAGACCGGAGUGGCAGACAUUCUGAGGGGUAAUGCUAUUGCCGUUCGAAUGACCGCACGGAAACGAGGUCACUUCAUCUUGAAUAAGACUCUGGUAGCACGGGAGCCUAUUGAAAAGCCAGGGAAUAAGAAAAAGUCCGGGAAGGCAAAAGCUUAUGUUUUGGAUAAACUGAAACAACGCAUCGAACACGAUAUUGAAAUGGUCUGUAAAGACACUUGUUCUAUCAUGAGUCGAGACGUUGAGACGACAAGACCAAACAGGGCGGCCAGUGCCCCGCCGCUUGCUGAUUCCUCAACGAACGGUCUUUUGGAGUCGAGAAGGUUAAGCAACUUCACAGCAACCUCAAAUCGCCCUACCACAAAUGGAGGCGAUUCAGUCGAAAGAUUGGCGUCAAGCCGAGGCGAGCUGUUUGAGGCACCGGAGCCGUUAGGUGCCUCCCCGUCUACUCAAGAUCAAUGGACCAGGAUAACCCGGGAUCCCGCUACAGGGGCACGGGUAUUUCCACUGGUACCAGGAGGCCGUAUCACCCCUAUUGAGAUGGCCACAAGCACACCCGAAGCGAAGACCCACCAUCCUAAACUCAGUCAGCAAAGUACAGCAGACACAUCCUUCGACUUGUCAGUGUCUUACGCAAGAUCCAAUACAUAUACUACUCAAACGUCAGCCUCUAGUGUAUCGACUACGGAUCAGUACCCUACCGGGACCUCUUUGGCAUCUCAUAAAGAUGAAAGACAAAGACCCACUACAACAGGAUCAAUCUCAAUAGUACCACGAACUCCGGACCUAGAGUUCGGCGGCAGUCCUUCGAUACGCAGCAGUGUUUUAGUGACUCCAAACCUUCACGAGCUGGCUGCGAACAAUGAGGUCAUCAUCGUGCCAAGGCCGCCCUCGUCCGGAAUAAUGGAUAGUGAAAUCGAUGGGCCCAGAAAGGUGAAUAGCUUCCUAAGGAAGCUGUACGCGCACCGAACAGCGUCAUCGCCCGCAUCUCCACUGGGUUCACGAGAUGGCUCUGUUGUCUCUGCAGCCAGUAGAGCUCGACCUGUAGUGAAGGAUGUAGACCUGGAUCUCACGGGUCACGACGACAAUUCAUCUUCUUUGAGUGUAGGAACUUCAUCGUCUAAGGACGGCGGAGCGCCUACGAGUGCAAAAUCCACAUAUGACGCAACGCCUAUAGAACCCAUCAGGGAGCAGGAAACGCCGACGGAAGCUGCAAGCCAGCUCACCGUGAGACCAGCGCCGGAAACAACAGCAGGAAAAGAAGUCUUCUCACAGUCAAAGCCGGAAUUCGACUUCUCGUCACCACUCACUAUUACCCCUGAAAACAGCGAGGCGGCCAUCGAUGAAGCGCUACCGCCUACAGAUAAGAGUGACGUUGCCACAGAUCUGAGUUUGCAAGAAGAGAUACCCGAUCCAUCAGACGACGACAUCGAGAGUGUGAUCCCGGAGCGCCCACAGCUACCGCAACAACACCGCAAAUCCUUCGGCAGCGCUGGCUACCUCGGUAGUUUCUCUGAGCCACGAUUCUUCGGCGUAGGCCUGCGAGGCGCUCUCGGCGGCUCUUCAAGCCCGCCCUCCAGACCACCUUCCAGACCAUUCUCGCGUCUCGGCUUGUCCGAUGAGGAGCACGAUCCGGGGCAACCCGAGACACCGCAUUGACACGGGGGAAGCCUCUUCGAGCUUACUCCGUCCUCCU